CACUCUGUUGCCUGCCUCUCUCCGUCUCCGUCUCCCUCCCUCUCUCUCUCUCUCUCGGGUCGGCUCCGAGGAAGGCGUUUCUCGUGGCUGAGGAUCCAAGAAAGCGAUCCUCUGUUCUAAAUAAAUUCGAAUCUGGGUCUUCCCCUUUCCUGGUUGUAAAAUGCUUCGAAAACAGACAGAUUAAAACAAGAUAAAAUAUUCUUCCAACUUUUUUUUCCUUCACGUUGGGCCAUCAGCAUCUACUCAGGGGAUCCUAACUUGUGUUUAUCCUGCAUCGACUCUUAUUUCUGGUUCCACGGUUUUCCGAGUUUCUCUGAUCACCCACUCUUUCGGCUUUAAAUUUUACAGGUUUUCAAAAUUUAGUAGAAUUUGUGUACCGAAGAAAGUGCUGAUAUCAGGCAAUUUAGCAGUGACGUAUGGAGUAGUUUUGCCUUCAUAUUGACUCCCCAUGAAUGCUUGGUUGCCGUUUAAUGAUGGUGACAUUUGGGAAAUACUAGGAUGAAAUUGUGUCAUGCAAGAGAAAAUUAAAAUGCCUGAAGAUAUUAGUCAAGCAUAUCAUGAAAACGAGGCAAUGGAUGCUCAGCCAUUAAAUGGUUACCAAUUAGUAUGGAUGGCUCAUUGGAAGCACACAGAUUUUAAGUCAGCAACUCAGGAUAAUAAUCAUUUAUCGAUUGAUUGUGACUCCAGAAGAGAAGUCGUAGAAGACAGUGUUGCCGAGCAGGAUAAUGUACAAGGUGGGCCAGAUGUUGCAACAGAUACUUCUACAAGCACUGGAGCAAUCAGAGAAGCAACUAAGGCUACAAAGGCUACCAUCAUGAAUGGGAAUCUACAAGAAAACCCUGGAAAUUUAAGGAUAAGAAGCUUGGAUUUCAAAUCGUAUCCUAUUUCUGAAAAGAGAGAUGGUAGUUUGUCUCUAAGGGGCGAUCAAUGUGCUAUUUACCAUAGCGAAGUUAUGAAGUCUCAAACUGAUGCAAGCUUUAAAAAUAAUAUUGUUUCUCCGGGGAAAACUGAGAUUCGUUUGCAUUCUGAAGGAUUUUUGCCUACUAAACUAUUGAUGAAUUCUUCCAAUGCCAUUGAGAAGAACAAAUUAACUGUUUCAGCAUCUGCUUGGAGUGAUGUAAAGUCAACUUCUGACAUGAUGCCAUAUGCAUAUAACAAAGGCAAAUCUUCAAUGCCCACCUUAACACAUGGGCAGCAUGAAAUAUAUCAAUCAAGCUACAACUUAGCAUCUAGGGAGCAUUUCACAAGUACUAAUCAUCGGAGCUAUUCAUCUCUUUUGAUUCAUGAGAAGACAAUGAGUAAUCUGUUGGACCCCCAAACAUCUGGGUUUUCAGGAUUGAUGUCGAGUAGUCUUGCUCAAGAACAACAUGACCAUCAUUGGAAGACGCAACAUUAUACUGGUGCUGCAAAGUGUGCAAGCCUGACCAGCCCUUUUGAAUCAAGUAAAAUAGAUAACUUUUGUCAUGGAAGCUCUCCUGUACUUCAAAUGCCCAGUUCUGAUCAUGAUGCAAAGACUGUGAAGAUAUUUACCCCCAUAGAGUCAGGAGAAGAGUCAUCGAGAGGCCGCACCAAAAUCUUUCAGACAGCUCACCAUUUUCCCAUGUCGGCAAAUACUGAUGUUUCUGGAAAAGGGCAAUUCUUCAGAGAGUCAGUAAUUACCACCAAAUUCAAAGGAAAUGCUUCCAGUGAGAUACCUUAUUUCUCCUCAUCCACUGGUGAGAAUGCUCUGGAAAGUGCGAAGCUGAAAACACCAGGGAGCUCUACGAAUAGGGAAGGAAAAAGUGUCCAAGAUGUUGAAACUAUGACAAUCCUGAAGAAUGAAUCAUCUGCUGAAACUGAAACCAUGGAUAUAAAUGCCUUACAGGAGGAUCAAUUUCCUGGUGAUGUUACAUUGCCAUCAAAUAAGUUCCUCAAGGAGAGUCAAAACUCGUUAACCUGUCAAGGUGCAAUAACUUCUGCUAAGGAGAGGACAGAAGCAGAAUCAGCAAGUGUUGCGAUGCAUGAUGCAAACCAAGAGCCUCUUAAGCUUCACACUGUGACAGGUCCAGUGGAUGAAAGGGAGACUAGCACGUCCAAAACCCAAAGUCUGGAUGUAGAACACCUCCUUUACCAUGCAGCAGACCACGGAAAUUCAAAAUCCAAGGCCUGUGGCAAUGGUUCUUUUGGAUCAGAACCAAGCAGCAGAUGGUUAAAAAGACUCAAGCUCUCUACAUCUGAUUCUGCUCUUGGUAGCAGGAAUGAAAAAUUUGGAGAGACUUCCCAUGAAAAUGCACAUAUCAUUUUCAGCAAAAUUUUGAAAGGCAGAAAAACAAAUUUGGAACCCAAAAUAAUUUCUCUCACUGAAGGGCCGAGGGUACCAGGUCUACCUGCAACUGUAUCAUCAAAUGGCGGGUCCUCUUUCGUCAAAGCAAAGCAAACUGUAGAGGAUUCGCUCUCUCAUCCCUGGAUUCAGAGAUGGAGUCAUAAUGCCACUGCUUCUUCGCCUGCAAAGCAUGAAAUGAUAGAUUUAGACCCUGUGAUGGAAGGGUUUCAAAAGAAGCAAUUUCCAAGCAUUGCUGCGAUGGCACUGAUGGGAAAAGCAAUAGGCACUCUGCGGCCAUGCGAGAUUAUGAAAAAGGGACCCCUUGUAGUUUGGAAUACAAAGAAUUUAUGAAAGUAUUGUCUCUGUAAUUCAAAUUUAGCAUAAGUUAUGCUAAAGGACCACAGGAUAAGCUCUGGUGUGAAGGAUAUACUGAAGAAUCCAUGGGAUGAGGUUGCUUCUUCAGUGGCUGAUAUCGUGCUGAUGAGUGUGAGAACUUCUCAGGCUAUAUGCUAAAAGAUCAUUCUGGCAAGAGGUGCAUUUCGUGCGGAGACUGAAUGUAUUAUGUGUUUGUUAAAAAAAUAGGUUUCUGAUAGUUGAAGUUCAAUAUACCUACGUAACUGAGGAGCACCUGGGGGGUUUUUUAUGUUAAGCCAUCAGUUUACUUCAUUCCCCAAAAGAUGUUUCUUAUUUUACCAUCUUCUGAGAUCUGGAGUAAUCGAAAUGAUAUAUAAACAGUGCUUGCGUCAAA